AGCUGGUUAAUGGGAGCAUUUUCACUGAUCUUUCAAGACCCACAGAAUAUUAUGUUAUGUGACAAUAUAAGCACCGAACCUAAGAAAAGAAAGGACACUUUCUUCUUUCCCCAGAAAAUGAAAAAGUUUGUUUUGAGCUUUUUUCGUUUAGUAAUCUGCAGUAGAGCAUGGGUUGGUUUCUCCAAAACCAAAAAGCAGAGAAAACGAGCUUUUUGUGAAAAGAAAAAUGUCUCGCAGAACAGUGAUUUUGAUGCUAAUAUUUUUUACUUUUGUGACGCCUCAAACUAUAAACAAAACAGGACUGUGAAAGGGCUUUUGAUGGCAAAAUGAUCAUUUAUUGACAGAUAGGCAGGCAACUAACACGCUGUGAGUGACACCACAUGGCUCGAGUUUAAUGUCAGUGGCCUUUUUAUAUGUAACUGUCAUCUCUCACGAUCGCGAUACACACUUUUUACUACCUCCUCUGACACAUACUGUUUUUACCACACAUUUGCAGCCCAUACUCUGUUCAAAUUUGAGGUUCCUAAACUUGUCCGACCUCCAACUUGUUGGCAUUUAUCUCCCUCAACGCCUAAUAUUUGUCUACCCAAAAGCUGUGGUGAUCUAUAUGCUGCCAUCUCCAGGCAACAAUUAUUCAUUACAGUGGUUUGCAAACCUUGAAUGUCACAGACAAGCUGGGCAAGACACUCUUCCACGCCUACCCGUUGAAAACUGCACUUGAUGAAUAUAUACGUCAGUGGCACUAAACGGUUGGAUUCCAGUUGAUAAGAAUGUUAAAAUGCUUUUUACACUAGUAUGACCGUUAAGAAUGUUAAAAUGGUAGUCAGUGUUGCUUUAAAUGCACACGCACGAGUGCAGCCAACUGCACUGGAAAUUCUCAUCAUUAAUUUUAGGAACAUUUCCCCUCCUGUAGUCUGGGCCCCCCUCAGUUAGUCUAGUCUGGUGAUUUUGUUUGGCCUCAUGGCUAACAACCGUCCUUGUAAAUCACAGCGAGACGCCAAGGCAGCGUGAAGAAUGAUUACUGAGUGAAAAACACCGGGAGGAUCUCAGAGUAGAGCCGCUGCUCCUCCACAUCGAGAGGAGCCAGAUGAGGUGGCUGGGGCAUCUGAUUCGGAUGCCUCCCGGACGCCUCCCUGGUGAGGUGUUCCGGGCACGACCCACUGGGAGGAGGCCCUGGGGACGACCCAGGACACGCUGGAGAGACUACAUCCUUCGGCUGGUUGGAUGGAUGGAUGAAAACACCAGUUGAAAAUGAUGUAGAGAAAGAAGACGACGCCCCCAAACGACACUUAAACGACAGUGACGACAAACGUACAUGCACAUUCUGCUCCGUCAACCUCUGCCUCCAGUCAACACAUCCUGAAAUGUGGUGAUGUUGGUUUUGCACUCUUUAAACUUUGAAGUCAUCAAGCUUUGCUUCGUUCUUUCAAUGCUCGUUUCAUUUAAGUUGUCCUACAAGAGUGAAGGAUUUGGGCCGAAGCCUGUGUGAUAUAGACCAAUAGGCUUCUUGCCCAAGCUCAAACAGCUGUAAUGUUUGCUUUUGGGAGUGAUUAGACUACAUCUGGGCAAGAACCGUGAUUAUUAAUAGUAGCCAACUGAAGACGAACCCGAAAAGCUGAGGACCAAGGCAGGGGUCUCUUAAUUGCUCCAUUCUUAACAUAAUUGUUCUCAAUGCGUUAAUGGUGAUUUUGAAUGUCAGUCAUCAUUUGCAAUGGUUAAAUUUCACAAAUUAUUUGUUUAUAGUGGAAUUGGUAAUGUUUUGGGGAAAAGUAGCAGUUUUGUGACGUGUGUGCUGACUCCUCUUUAACAUGACCGAAUGUGAUUUGGUCGAUUCUGAAUUCAGGCACAUCCCAUUUAAUAGAGAGUGUGCACACUUCUGCAACUAUAUUAUCUCAUUUUAUUUUUACUUCCUGUCUUUUUUUCUGAUGUGCUUGUACCUGUUAUACGUCAUAUUAUUUAUCUUGGUGUCAUUUUUUUUUUUUUUUUUUAAUGCCGUAUGAGACAAGCCAGGCAAUUGAAGAUGGGUGUGUUGACUUUUUUUUUUUUUUUUGUGUGAUGACAAUCAUGAAACCAAAAAUGUAAUUUAUGGCGACAGGAGAGAGAUUUCUGUACGUUGCUGUCCUUGCUGCUCAGUACAAUACAGAUAAGUCGCCAUCACUGAUGGAACGGAACGUAUAACACAAAGUCAGCACUAUUUCCCCAUCAAUGUGAAGCGACUCACCUCCCAGGCACAUGCAGUCAUCUCCCUCUGCACAUUUUCCACAGCAUCAUCAUCGAAGUUAAUGAUAAUCGAGGGUCUCGCCGGACAACAGAACGCACGCAGGUGGGAGCUGUGACGCCACCGGCUCUCUCGGCUGUCCUUCGUGUUUGCUUGAUGACACUUUACGAUUCCCCCGGUGUUGGAAAGAGGAAGAAGACUGCUGGUUGAUUUUGGGGGCACCGUGCCAACUUUGGAAAGACAAAACCGGUGAGAACGCCGCAGAGACCACCCACCUCAGCCUCGUAUGAACAGCCAGGAGGAGAAGGCGGUGGAGAGGAUGUGGCCGCCGCUCGAGUGGGGAAAGCGUGGGUGUCGAGGUUUGAGGCGAUUGAGAAGGCCUGGCAAGUCACUCGGCAGAAGGGAGAAGACCGAAGAGGGAAGAUGACGUCCAUUCUGAACUCUCAUCUGUGAACAAGAUGUCCAAAAACCACACAAGCUGCAGGACGCGUGCAAAGAAACGACGUCUCUUAAGGUACGGUAACACACACAAAAAAAAAAGUUACACAAACAUUGUUCAAACCACGCUUCAUACAGAAAAUGUUGUAAUGUGCAUGUCAGGCCACUAGUUGGCACCAUUUUCAUUUACCAAUAAUGAUUUACCUUUUUACUUGUUCAGUUUGAGACCUGCUUCUAGAACUAAACUCUACUGUAAUGUAGAUCUCAUUUGGGCCUUUCAUUUACAUGACACCAGUGAUUUUGGGAGUCUAACGUGUUUCAAAGGAAAGCAUUACAUUGCAAUGUAAAUGCUAAAAACGCUAGUAUGUAGAAACAGACAUGCAGGAAUACUGUGUCCAGUAAAGUAUUCAUUUGCAUAUCCUAUCUUCGCUGACUUAGAGUUCGUCCAGAUGUUUCCUUACAUUGACAUCGCCACCUACUGGCCUGGCAUGCAUAGUACAGUGUUUUAUUUUGUCUUUUUUGCAGAUAUGCGUGAUCACGUAUUCUUUGGAUAACACUGUUAUCUGUAUGUGAAACAUUUUAAAGAAAAACAUUUGCAUUUUUACCAGUUGACAAGUAAACACGCUUUAUCAUCCAAACACUCAACUUGAUUUGUUGAACUAUUUGCUCAUUUAAUUUGAACAUUACCAUCUGUUUGUCAAAAAAAUAACCAUACAAGAAGCAGGUGAUUUUAUAACAAAUAAGUAGCUGUCGAGAUGUCCCGAUCCUUUCAUAUUUUAUUAAAGCGUUUAGUGGAAGAUGAAAAUGUGAGUCAUCCGUCUCUCUGCAUGCUUUCAGUCUCUAGUCUGCUUUGUCAUUUUGUUCUUCAUAUGGCCCGAUGAUGUGGACCACGCGAGGCCCCCCCUCCCCAAAUGGUGACUUUUCACCUCCUAAUCCUCAGAAAGCCCGCAGCGAGGCCUGCGACAUGGACAUCAUUGAGGAGGUGGUAAGAAUUUCCCCGCUGGACCCAAAACGUUUGAGAGGCCCUGGCCUCGGGAUUGAGAAGCGCUCGAGAAGGCCGAAGUUGUGACCUGUGAACACCUCCGAGGCACGAGCGGUGACUGGAGGAGCGGCUUGUACGACAACGGUGGGGUGGUUACGCCUCUCUGCAGCAGCGUGUGAAAAGUUGCAUCCAGUAGUCGCUCGUGGGUGUGGCCCCUUUAUCGUAAAUUAAAGGAAGAAUGUGAGCGAGCACGAGUAAAAGUGAGCGCGUUAACACAGUGCAAAAUUGGGACAAAUUGAAGGACUUUAACCAUGGAGGACCAGAAAAGAAGUCCACGUGCAGUGGAAAGACUGCUCAGAAGAUUGUACCAUUGUCAUCAGAAAAAGACAUGUUUCACUUACCUGUUCCUGCUGUGUGUCACGUUCGUGUUCUUUUCCAUUUGGAGCGAGAAAUAUCUGCUCCAUCAGCACUACCAGCGGCUUGCGAGCGAGACCUCCCGGGUCAAUGCCCCUCCUUACCGGGUCCAUCCGAAGCACCGAGUCAAACUGGAUUCCACCAAUCCCAAAACCAGCAUUGUCCCAUUGAGUGGUGGCACUCAGUACCAUCUAGCAUACCCCCAGAACUACCACUUCAUCAUGGACGUGGGCGACGUGUGCGAUAGCCAUGCACCUUUCCUGGUGCUGAUGGUUCCGGUGGAGCCCGCCAACGUUGCGGCCCGGGACGCCAUCCGCAGCACGUGGGGCAAGAAGAAGCUGGUCCAGGGCAAGAAAGUCCUGACUCUUUUCAUGCAGGGCUCGGUCGAAGGGGCCGAUCUGCGGCAGGAGAACGAGCUGCACGGCGACCUGAUCCAGAGUGACUUCAAGGACACCUACCUCAACUUGACCAUCAAGACCAUGGUCAUCAUGGAGUGGCUGGCCACGCGCUGCCCAACGGCCGCCUACGCCAUGAAGAUCGACUCGGACAUGUUUCUCAACAUCGACAAACUGGUGCUGAUGCUGCAGAAGCCGGGCAUUCCCCAAACCGACUACCUGACGGGGAUGCUCAUGCGGAAGCAACAGGUCUGCCGCUCAGAGAGCUCCAAGUGGUACGUGCCCGAGGAGAUGUACCCAGAUCGCAAAUAUCCCCUGUACACUCUGGGCAUGGGCUAUGUGUUCUCCAAUGACCUGCCGCGCAAGUUGGUGGCGAUCUCCAAAAGCAUCAAGCCCUUCAACAUCGAGGACGCUUACAUCGGAAUGUGCAUGAAGAAGCUGGGACUGGCGCCCACAUCACCGCCCGAUCCUUCCCAAUUCCGAACAUACAACACUAAGUUCAGCCGCUGCACGUACUCCAAGAUCAUCACCUCCAUUCUGUCGUCCCCCAAUGAGCUGAUCAGUUUCUGGAUGGCGCUCAAGAUGCCUGGACCCCCUUGUUGAAACACUUGGGCUGUGUCUGGAAUCACUCGCUAUCCACUAUAUCAGUGUUUUUGGAUACAGUAUGGCGGUAUUUAUAUUAUACAGUAUAUAUAUGUUUUUUUUUUAAUAGCAAAAGGUCACGCAUUUUUCAGGUUUUUGGGGCGGCCAGUUGCCUUGCAUCCCACUGGAAUAGAUUACCUCCAAACACAUCUAGGCAUCCAGAACCAAAACAAGCACAAUCUGUACUAAGAUGACCUUGAAACACAGCACAAGAUGUAAAGAUGACAUCUGUGAAGUUACUGUGAUAACCGCAUAUCUUUAUUCAUCGGAUGUUAUUAGUAGAAAUGUUACUUUUUUAGUCGACAAUAGAUGUAAAACAAGCAAGAGAUGAGAACAAACGUCUGUGUAGUACAAUGAAUAUUCAUCCAGUGUAUUUACUGAAAGUUUGACAAUGGAUACAUUGUUUAAUUCAGUAUUUUUUUAUUUAUUUUUUUUAAGUCAGGCAUACAUUUGUGCUAUUUAAUUUUAGAAUUGACUCCUUAGGUACUUCAGCGGGGGUAAGUGAAAGAGACUUUUCUUUUUAUAUGUUCAACUCUCACAUGGCUGUCAAGAAAUUAUGUCUGUUAAGUUUUGUUUGUACUAUUACUACUACUACUAAUAAUAAUAACAAUAAUAAUAAUAACAAUAAUGAGAAGAAGACUAAGAAGAAGAAUGCAUAGUACUAUUGUACAGCCCUAUUUCAAUAUUUGUUGUGCAUUAACUACAACAUUGUCGUAAAUGUUUAUUGUUGUGUGUUUGUUUGUUUGUUUGUUUUUAAUACUCAGUAUAUUCUUAUAGGGAAAUUCAACUCGCACACUAAAAUAUUUGUGUUGCACACAACACAGAGAACCAGUCAAUUUUCUCAGGGUAUGUAUCUGGUAUACAAGACUACUGUACAUGUAAACAUUGGUUAGUGAAGUCGGUGAGUCAAUUAAAACCUGUGCAUCAAUUUAGA